AAAUAAAAAAGCAUUUAAAAGAAUCUCUCGAAUUUGGGCAGAUCCACGAAUCUCCGCUUGAAGGCAAUUUUUUUAAGUGGAAUUGGAACUUUAAAACAAAUCUGCUCAUAUUAAAAGCAGAAGCAUUUAACGUUAGUAAUAUUGAACAAGAAUGGAAUAAAAUUAGAUCAAUAGAAAUUAAAAUUGAUGGUGUUCUAGGCGCUGACCAAAUUAAUUUUAAAUUACUCGAGGAUGAAAAUUUAAUGGCAAUUACAACUAUAGGGGACAAACUUUAUGAAUUAAUUAAAAAUAUACAAGAAAAAACUUUUAAAGGUAUAUAUGAACCAUACCUUUCGAAGUCUAUUCUUGAAAUAGUUGGUAUGGAAAAGGAUGAAAUUAGCAAAAAUUUUGAAAAUAUGGAUAACAAGUUUGAUGAUAUAAAUAAGAAUUUUAAAGAUAUAAACAAGAACAUUGAAGGCAUAAAUAAGAAUUUUGAAGAUAUAAAUAAGAACUUUGAAGGUAUAAAUAAGAAUUUUGAAGGUAUAAAUACAAACUUUAAGGAUAAAUUUGAUAUUAUUGAAAAAAAAUUUGCUGAUAUGGAUAAAAACUUUAUGGAUAAAUUUGAUUCUUUUGAAAAAAAAUUCGCCAAUAUUGAAGAAAAAUUUACAAAUUUAAUAGAAGAAAAAAAUAAAUCUAAUUUAUAA